AUGAGCACCUCUUCCGCUGGGCCUGAACGCUACAAGCUCAUCUUCUUCGUGCCACUGGAGCAUGUCGAGCAAUGUAAGGAGGCCGUCUUUGCGACGGGGGCCGGAUGCUUCCCGGGUGGCAAGUACACCAAGUGCUGUUUUCAAACUCAAGGACAAGGGCAAUUUCUGCCCAGUGGUGGCGCCAACCCGGCUAUCGGCGCAGUGGGACAGCUUGAGCGAGUCGAGGAGAUGAAGGUUGAGGUGAUGUGCGUCGGUCGGUCAAUCAUGCUGGAUGCGGUGCGGGAGCUGAUCAAGGCGCAUCCGUAUGAAGAAGUCGCAUAUGAAGUGUACCGGAUGGAAGAGGUCUAA